AUGAGUAAGAUCCACCACCUGAAGUUGUCCAGUUGCUUUUUCAGACCAGAGCGGCCACGUGACUACCUCGUGCUUUUCAUCUACAUCUCCAUCCUCACGUGCCUCAUCGUCUCCAUCUCUCUCGUUCUUCGCACCUCUUCUCCACCCUCCUACGACGUGCCCGAGAAUUCUCUAGACUUUCCGGUGACCGCAUCAGCCGUCGUGCAGACCAACAUAUCCCACAUCCAGUUCUGUAUCGCCGGAGCAAACGAAACCUGGCUCGACCGGAGCCAGUACACCUCCUUAUGGUGGCGAAACUCCACUCGCGGCUUCGUCUGGCUCGACAAACCGGUUAAAAUCCCCGAUAACCGGUUCUUGAUCCCAACUCGAGUCUCUGAUCCAAGCUGGACAAGAUUCAAUUUCUCCAGCUCGAGAGACGGAGUUCGCAUCGCUCGUAUCAUAUGGGACAGUUAUCAAGCAAACCUACCGAAUGUGAGAUGGUUCGUGAUGGGAGAUGAUGAUACAGUCUUCUUCACCGAUAAUCUUGUCAAGAUUCUCUCCAAGUACGACCACGAGCAGAUGUGGUACAUUGGUGGAAACUCUGAGAGUGUGGAGCAGGAUGAGGUGCAUACUUACGACAUGGCCUUUGGCGGCGGCGGUUUCGCCAUUAGCCGUCCGCUGAUGACGCGUUUAGCCGCGGCGAUUGACGGUUGUCUCGACCGGUAUUUUUAUUUUUACGGGUCGGAUCAGAGAAUCGCGGCUUGCAUUAGUGAGCUCGGCGUUCCGUUAACCCAAGAACGUGGCUUUCACCAGCUUGACAUAAGAGAAGAUCCAUACGGGUUUCUAGCAGCACAUCCACUAGCACCACUUGUAUCGUUACAUCACCUGGAUUAUUUGGAUCCAAUGUUUCCUAACCAAAACACGAUCGAGUCGUUACAAACCCUAAUGAAACCUUACACUUUAGACCCAAAUCGGAUACUUCAACAGAUUAAUUGCCAUGACCGCAAGCGUCAAUGGUCCAUAUCCAUAUCUUGGGGUUACUCCAUUCAGAUUUACACUUACUUCUUGUCGGCUACAGAGCUGGCUACGCCGUUACAGACGUUCAAAACUUGGCGGUCUUGGAGCAAUGGAUCUUUCACGUUUAACACACGUCCUUUGAGUCCUGACCCGUGUGAAAGGCCCGUCGUUUAUUUCAUGGAUGGUGCAGAGGCUUUGAGGGAGGGUAUGACGAAAACUUGGUAUAGCUUAGGGGAUAAGAAGUAUGGUCAUUGCGAAAAGAGUGAGCAUUCGAAGGUAACCGAGGUGAAGAGAAUAUUGGUGACUUCAAUGAAGAUUGAUCCAGAGUAUUGGAAAAGGGCACCGCAAAGACAGUGUUGUGAAGUGGUGAAAGGAGGAGGAAGAAGCAAGAAGGAAGAAUUGUCUAUAAAGAUUAGAAAGUGUGGAUAUUCGGAGAAGAUUUAG